AUGCCUCCUCAUUUUCUUAAUAGAAAUACAUGUAUUUCAUAUUUCUUACAGCAAAGCUAUAGGAAUUUUUACUCAUUUGCAUUUGUUCAAGAACUUUCUAAAAAAACAGUUUAUGGAGGUCUUAGGGAUUAUGAUAGAAUUUUUCAGAAUCUUUAUGGUCGUUAUGAUUCUAGUUUAAAAUCAGCACAAAAGCUUGGUGAUUGGUAUAAAACAAAAGAAAUUUUGCUUAAAGGACACGAAUGGAUUAUUUCAGAGAUUAAGGCAUCCGGACUUCGUGGAAGAGGAGGCGCAGGGUUUCCUUCAGGGUUAAAAUGGAGCUUUAUGAACAAGCCAGGCUUUGAAAAAGAUACCCGUGCUAGAUAUCUUGUUAUUAAUGCAGAUGAAGGAGAACCAGGUACAUGUAAAGAUCGGGAGAUUAUGAGAAAAGAACCACAUAAGCUCAUUGAAGGAUGUCUUGUUGCAGGCCGUGCAAUGAACGCUACUGUUUGUUAUAUUUAUAUCCGCGGAGAAUUUUAUAAUGAAGCAUUGGUUAUACAGUCAGCCAUUGACGAAGCAUAUAAGGCUGGAUUAAUAGGAAAGAAUGCAUGUGGAUCAGGGUAUGAUUUUGAUAUAUAUAUUCAUAGAGGUGCAGGCGCAUAUAUAUGUGGCGAAGAAACUAGUCUUAUUGAGUCACUUGAAGGAAAACAAGGAAAACCCAGAUUAAAACCACCUUUUCCAGCUGAUGUGGGACUUUUUGGAUGUCCUACAACUGUUGCCAAUGUUGAAACAAUAGCAGUAGCACCUACAAUUUGUCGCCGAGGAGCAGCCUGGUUUAAUAGUUUUGGUCGUGAGCGUAAUUCUGGAACAAAAUUAUUUUGCAUUAGUGGACAUGUUAAUAAUCCUUGCACAGUUGAAGAGGAAAUGUCUAUUCCAUUGAGAGACCUUAUUGAAAAACAUUGUGGUGGUGUAAAAGGCGGUUGGGAUAAUUUAUUAGGAAUUAUCCCUGGGGGUUCAUCAGUUCCAAUUUUAACAAAAACUCAAUGUGAAAAUGUCCUUAUGGAUUUUGAUUCUCUUAAGGAUGCGCAAUCCGGCUUAGGUACUGCAGCAGUAAUUGUUAUGGAUAAAUCUACAGAUCUAGUUAGAGCCAUUUCUAGAUUUUCUGCUUUUUAUAAACAUGAAAGUUGUGGUCAAUGUACUCCUUGUCGUGAGGGAACAACAUGGAUUUAUAAUAUAAUGAAACGAUUUGAGACAGGCGAUGCUCAAUUAAGGGAAAUUGAUAUGCUUUGGGAAUUAACAAAAGAAAUAGAAGGCCAUACAAUAUGUGCCCUUGGUGAUGCUGCUGCAUGGCCGGUUCAAGGGCUUAUUCGAAAUUUUAGAAGUCAUAUAGAAGAUAGGAUAAAAAAACGCUCUCAUAAUUCCAUUAAAACAUCUGAAAACCCCUCUCUUACUUCUUCAAAUAAUUCAAACUAA